UGGUGGGCCAGCAGGGUAGGUUGCCCUGGAAGUAUUUGGCUCUUUUAUCUCCCGUGCCCGUUCCCACUUUUAAGGGGGUUCUGUCCAAUUUACCCAUUUUUUGUUUUAAAAGAGGUAUCAUCGGAUUUGCCACGCCCACCGCGGAUUUUUAUCCCCCUGCUCGAACUAUUUGUUUUGUUCCUUCCAGAAGAUUAUCUCAGACAAAACGCGGAGUUGGUCGUUUUUUCCCCCCGACCGUUUGCGUGCGUCGGAGCCUGAGGCCUACGUGUUUUCAGGGGAUUUUAUUCUGACGGGGGGGGGAGGGUAAAAUAACCAGCCAGGAAAACGGAGGGGCUCGUCAGACUCUGGUGUCGUUCUCCGAAAGCCCCGCCGCCACCGCCGCCGAAGAGAGAUGUCGAGGCCUGUCAGGAAUAGGAAGGUCAUUGACUACUCCCAGUUUGAAGACUCUGAUGAUGAAGCCUAUGGAAGAGAUUCACCCCCUCCGGCUAAGAGAGCACGAGCGUCCCCCAGGGAAGGAAAAAACAAAAGAAAGUCUGCAAAAAAUGCACGGGAUGAAAGCGAGGAAUCAGACGACAAGCUUUAUGAGAAGGACCUGAAGGCUGCCAUUGCAUUGUCCAAGAAGGAGACAUCCCAUUCACCUGAUGAGGACAUGGGGAGUGAGGAGGAUUUGGACCACGGUGACAGUGAUUAUGAAGCUUCAACAAAAAAAGGCAAAAAAGGAAAAAAGGUUAAAGGGGAUAAGAAGGAGAAAAGGACACCCAAAAAGCCCAGGAAAUCGGCUGAAGCAGGGGAUGAUGAGAGUGAAGAUGAAAAAGGUCACAAAGAUGGUCGUCAGAAAAGGCAAGCUGCAUCCAAAGCUGCAAGCAAACAGAGAGAAAUCCUUUUGGAUGAUGGAGGAAGUGAAGAAGAGCAUGAAGAUGAUGAAGAGGCUGCUCAAGAAAAAGGGGAUUCUGGAAGUGAUGCAGACUUCUACGUGGAGGAGGAUGAUGAUAGUGACUAUGAGAGUUCUUUGAAGAAAAGCAAAAAGGGAAGGAAAACUAAAACAGUGCCUGAGAAAAAGGAAAAGAAGACACCUAAACCCAGGCUCAGCGCUACAGUCACCCCUGCAACUCCCAGUCCGGUAAAAGGUAAAGGGAAGGGACGGGUUGCUACCACAAAGGCAUCACCACCUUCUAAGGGGCAACCACCUGAAAGUCCUGCUAAAGAAUCAAAGAAAGAGAAGAGUCCUCCACCAGAAACAAAUGAAGAGGAGGAGCCAGAAGAUGAGGAAGAGGAGGAGGAGGAGGAAGAAGAGGAGGAGGAAGAGGAGGAAGUUAAUUCUGGGGAUGACUGAACAAUACAAGGGAAUAUUUUUUAUAUAAGUAGAGUUAGAAUAAAUUUCACUGACAGCUUGGUUCACAAGGUUUAGACAGAGGACUUGAGUGGGUGUGUGCGUGUAUUUUUUUUAUGCUGUCCCAUUUUGUAUCUUGCGGUCAUUAACAAAAUCAAAUCAUUUUAAAUUUGGCUUGCUAUUUUAUAGGAGUUGCUUUGAUCUUUUCAAAAUAAGAAUCUGCAAAGUUAGCCAAAAUUGCUAGUAUUUUUGGCGAAACUUUCAUUUUGUAAUAAGAAUUUCAUGUCAGGUAAUAAAAAGUCUUGCCAAGCUACAAAAGUAUAUUAGCACAGCAGAUGUACCUACAUUAUGUUCAGGCAAACCUCUCGGCCUGUUUGAUCCAGGAAGCUAACGUACCUUCCCAAUGAGUUGUGUACAGAAUAAAAGGACAAAAGGUGUGAAUGUCAAAGUAUAAUUUAUAGAACAUGAAAUUCAUUCCACUUAGCAACAAAAAUUGUUUAAUUUUCUUCCCGGUGAAUGAAUCUAUGAAUGAAUCAUUCCUGUGGAUUUCUUUGUUUGAAAGAUUUGAUAGCAAAGGACAAGAUCAAAGGCUCCUGUAAAUAUAUAACUCUCUCAACCUUGUAAAAUUUCAAUGCUGUAAAUACACAUAGCGAAAUGAGCGACAAGUUUAAGAUGCAGCUUCAUUAAAAGCAGUGUAGAUUUUGCUUAAUGCUGACUGAUUGGUCUCUCUCUCAGUAUAUUAUCUGAUGAAUUUUCUAAAAUUCAUCUCAAACACUUUAGACUUUUGUACCCAGUUCUUACCUCAUGAUUUGUAUAAAAUGAAAAGUAUCCUCUUAAAUUGGACAUGUGAACCCAUGUUGCAUAACUAAAUAUAAAGUGGUGACGAAUAAAUAAUCUUCAGUCAACUGCUAUAAUCCUGUUUGAAAAUUGUAUGUUAUAUUUCAAAAUUCCUUUUUUUUUAAAAAGUGUAAUUUGGUCUAAACUUCUGCUUUUAAAACUUACAGGGGAUCGAAAUGGCCAGUGUCCUGCAGUUCAUAUCUAACCAGUUAACAAAAAGGAACUGCUCUAUCACAAAAUAGUUGUAUUUUAAGAUAUGGCCAUGCUGUUCACAGUAAAUGAACAGAAUGUGUGAUGUAAUAAUCCUGUAAACCUAUCACACAGUUUUCAUUGCUAGUUUUAUUUUAAACACUUAUAUUUAAUCUUAAAAAAAACAAAACUGGGAUAAAAGCAGUUCUGCACCACCAGAAAUCACUGAGUCAUCAGGUCUGAUCUUGUGAACUGAAUUGUUUUUUUUUGCAGAUUGAAACGUUUAAAAAUGAAUGUGACUGAAUCCUGAAAAACUACGCGUUUGUUGUCUUUAUCAGCAUUUUGUCAAAGCAGCCAUAUCUUUGUAAGUUACAGAUUAAAAAAAACUUGUACAGCCAAUUCUUAAUGUUGAGAUCCAAUUCAAGUGGGCUUUCAAUUUCUUUUGUUUUUAUUUUCGCUACAGAACAUUAAAUGUCUGCUGAUGUAAAUUGGUUUCGAUGCUCAGUUAUUUUUUGGGGGGGGUUGGUGGGAAUUAAAGGAUGACGAGAUAGCAUUUUUAAUGUAACGUUGAGAGUAGUACACUUGUAAGUUCUGGAGUAGUUUAAAAAUCUUGGCUUUUGAGUUCUAUUAAAAUGCCAGAGUUUUGUUUUUAAGAUGUUAUAUCUCUGGGAAAUUGCAACUGAUGGUGUUUUCUGCUUCAUAGUAUAUUGAAAAUAUUGUCUUCCCACAUGUCCCAACCACAUUCCAUUUUUCCAGUUCAGAUUUUUUUUACAAUAAGGGACAUUUCCUGUAAUGGACUAUGGGAAAGCAGCGGUUUUGAUCAUCUAACCUAAUUUUCUUAAAACAAAGACGCAUUCUACUCCAGUAUAUCUUGCAAUAUUUCAUUGGCUCAGUUUUUCUUAAGUUUUUAAGAUGUGCAUUGUGUUUGGGCAAGGACAGAAUUGUAUCAUCUAAUAAAUUGAACACAUCUGUACUCUUAAGGUAAUGGUGAUGUGUUACUUGCAGAAGAGCGCAGGUUAUAAAAUAGCCUGGCCAAAAGUCAUUUUUAUAUUGUUGCCCAAUAUAUUGAAGAAUGUGAUUUUGAGCUCUUUCUGGAGUACUAUAAUAUUUUCAACUGCCAGCAUCAUUUGACUAGUAGUAGCCCAUGUAAAGGGCAUGUUGAGAUUCCUGUGUUGUAAAUGGAAAGUGUGUAGUUUCUAUAUCUUCUUGAUACUGUUUUACUUCUGUUAGGGUUGAUUCCUUUAGCAUUAUAUGUGGGUAUUUCACCUUGUGAUGCCCAGUUUAUAUAAUGGUGUUGAUUCACUUGUAUAUAACAGUAUUCCUUAUAAGCAGCAGCGUUCAUAAUCCCCUGGGGUAUUCUGAGAAACACUUAGUGAUUUUUGCAAUAUACGGACAGUAGAGAUUCCCAUGUUGGAAUACAUCUGUGUUUCUUUGGGGUUUAAAAAAAAACACUUAUCCAACUAUAACCUUAUUAUAUUCCUGAUCUUGUCAA